AUGAACUUCUCUGACAGUUUUAAUGUCUGGAACUACCAGAAUGUUCUGGCCUUUGUCUUUGCUAUCAACGAGAUUAACAACAAUCCGGAUCUGCUGCCUAAUAUCACCCUUGGGUUCCAUAUUGUAGACAAUUGUUUAAAUGAAGAAAGAGCAAUAAGUGGAAUGCUGGACAUUAUAUCUGGGGGAAACGUACCAACACCCAACUAUCGUUGUGGGCUCUCACAUAACUUGGUGGCUUUUGUUGAUGGAAUAUCCACAAGACUGACCUUACUGUUUGCCAGGAUGUUUGGGAUUUACAAGGUCCCACAGCUUCAUAAAUAUUUGAAACAUAUCAAAUUCACAAAUAGCGGAGGGGAGAAACUGACUAUUGAUGAUAAUCGAAGAAUCGAUGCCAAGUAUGACAUUCUUAACUGGGCGAUUUACUCUAACCAAACGCUUCAUAGUAUCAAAGUCGGGAGUUAUGACCAUCAAAACGCUUCCCAAGGAUUAACAGUCAAUGGAAACCUGAUAAGGUGGAGCCCAGCGUUCAGCCAGACCCCACGUUCAGCCUGCAGUGAAACCUGCCUUGCAGGAUAUAGAAAGACAUCUAAAGCGGGAUAUCCAGCUUGUUGCUAUGACUGCAUCCCCUGCCCAGAGGGCCAGAUAACUAAUGUAACAGAUAUGGAAAGGUGUAUUACUUGUCCCAUAACCCAGUGGCCCAAUGCAAAAAAAGAUACAUGUUUGGAUAAAGUCAUUAUAUAUUUAUCAUAUGAAGAAGAAUUGGCGAUGUCAAUAUCUUUUUCAUCAAUAUUUUUCUUUUUUCUCACAUGUUUGGUUAUGGCAGUAUUUAAUAAAUAUAGAACUACACCUAUUGUUAAGGCCAAUAACCAAAAUCUCAGCUACGUUCUCCUCUUCUCCCUCAAGAUGUGCUUCCUCUGUCCUUUAAUAUUUAUUGGCCAACCUAUUAAAUUAGCCUGCAUGACCCGACAGACAGUGUUUUCCAUCAUUUUCUCUAUUUCCCUUUCUUCCAUCUUGGCCAAAACCAUUACAGUAGUCAUUGUGUUUCAUGCCACCAAGCCAGGAAGCAAGUUAAAGAACUUAAUGGGAUCCAAAGUGUCAGUCUCUAUCGUAAUAUUCUGCUCAUUUGUUCAAGUUGUUAUUUGUGCUUGUUGGUUGGGAAUUUCUCCCCCAUUCCCACAGUAUAACAUGGAAGAUGAAGUUGGGAAGAUAAUUGCUGAGUGUAAUGAAGGAUCAUUGAUUGGAUUUUACUGUGUCCUGGGAUACCUUGGGGUUCUGGCCUCUGUCAGUUUCAUCAUUGCUUUCCUUGCAAGGGAUUUGCCUGAUACUUUCAAUGAAGCCAAGUUUAUCACCUUCAGCAUGUUGGUGUUCUGCAGCGUGUGGGUCUCUUUUAUUCCAGCCUACAUGAGCGCUAAGGGCAAAUAUGUUGUGGCAGUGGAAAUAUUUGCAAUCCUGGCAUCUAGCCUGGCACUACUGGGCUGUAUAUUUAUCCCUAAGUGCUAUAUUAUACUUGUAAAACCUGAAUGUAACACUAGAGAUUUUGUGAAAAGGGGAAUUGCAUAA